AUGCCCUCCUCCUCAACCCACACCACCCGCUCCGAAACCCGCCUCCUGCACCUCUACAUCUCCACCUACCGCCAACUCUACCACACCGAUUCUUCCGCCGCCUACUACGUGACGAGACACUUCUCCUCCCUCCUCGAACUCCCCAUGUCGGACAUCAUCGAACGCGCCACGGCCGAUCAAAAGCUCUGGUGGGAGUGGAAAGUCUACCUCCGGAAGCACGAGAAGAGUGAGGCGCUGUACAGCGUGAGUUUCUUGUUGGGGGAUGUGAGUCGGGAAUUGAUGGCGAGGGGGAGGAAGGGAGAGGCGAGGGUUUGGAAAGGGUUGGCGUUGGAGGUUGUGGAGAUGGCGGGUGGGGAGGCGGAGAGGGAGGAGGAGGGGAGGAGGUGGAGGAGGGUGGGUGGGUGA